GACGUCAUAUACUGCGAUACCAACAUCCCCCGUUCCAAGACGAAUUUCUUGCUUCGAGAAAUUUCACUUUUUUAAGUGGACUAUAUGACGAGGGCGAAUUUAAGACUAAUGGCAUCAGAAGACGAAUUUUUAAACGCUAUAAGAGAAAAUCUGCAUAAAAGUGGAAAAUUAAGUAAAAUUAAAGCAGAACUUAAAACUGAAAUUAUGAAGGUGCUGGAACCAGAAUCUAAUUCAAAUAGUAAACCAGAAAUUCCAAGUGAAACCUUAAUUAUUAAUGAAUUAAUUCGGGAAUUUUUGACGUGGAAUGGUUAUCAUUAUACUACUUCAGUUUUGGUUGCAGAAUCGGGUAUGCCAGUCGAACCAUUAGAUAGAACAUCCUUGACUCGUAGUGUUGGUGUUUCUGACAGUACAUGGGCAUCAGAACUAGCCACAGGAUCCACUCCUUUGAUCAGUACCAUCUGUCAAAAAAGGAAAGAUGAGACAUUCAUAUUCCUUCCCAUCACGUACAUUCUAUGGACUUUUGUAUUUCAAUAAUUUAUAUUUGCAGACCACUUCUGUACAGC